AUGGGCGACGAAGCGAGCCACGAUAACCACCUGGCACCCACCGCGGACCAUGAUGUGCCCACUAUUGUCCCGGCAAAUGAACCCAAGGAGCCACGAGGACGCUUGACACCUCGUCCUUCUUUUCUGGAGAACCUCGCCAGUUCCACAGACAGACAGUUCAUGCUAGGAAGACGCAACUCUAGUGAAAUCGAUCGAUAUUUCCACGGACCGCGAGAUCUCGAUCGACACUCCAAAUGGCCCAUCUUCCUACGAAUGCAUGGCAGUAUCAUGCCGAAAAUGAUUUUACCUCUUGCCUUUGUCGCAGCUUGGGCCACCGUCAUUACCCUCAUUUCCAGAUUUGUCCACAACAUCGGCAUCAACGAUAUUCUUUUGACAGUUACCGGUUUCGUGGUCAGUUUGGCGCUGUCGUUCCGCAGUUCGACGGCAUAUGAAAGAUGGGCGGAUGGAAGAAAGUACUGGGCGCUCCUCAAUCAGACGGCUCGCAACCUUGCACGUACUAUUUGGGUCAACACGGCAGAACGUGCAGGAGAGGAGGGCAAGGAAGACUUGCUAGCAAAACUGACGGCCAUGAACCUCAUUCUGGCUUUCGCCGUUUCCCUCAAACAUAAACUGCGAUUCGAACCCGAUGUGGGAUACGAGGAUCUAGCAGGCCUGGUUGCACACCUCGACACAUUUGCCAAAGAGGCCCACGACCGCCAAGUCGUUCAACCCCCGAAAAAGACGCCCUGGAAAUCAGUCGGUGAAUACCUGGGCGUUUCUUUUGCCGAAUCCAACCCGAGAAAGCUUAUCAAGCGGUCCAAGAAACCCUUGGGCCAUCUUCCUCUGGAGAUCUUGAACCAUCUCUCCGCAUAUGUCGACCGGUGCAUCGCCAACAAUACUCUCAACAUCAGUCUUCACCAAGGACAAGCCAUCACCGCUCUAUCUACCCUUAACGAGGUCCUCACCGGCACCGAGCGCGUCCUGGACACUCCUCUUCCCGCCGCAUACAGUAUUUCCAUCGCCCAGAUUGCCUGGAUCUACGUCCUCGUGUUGCCCUUCCAGCUGUACGACUUUCUCGAAUGGGUGACCAUCCCAGCUUCCGUCGUUGCCGCCUACAUCAUUCUCGGACUCGCCUUCAUCGGCAGUGAAAUCGAAAACCCCUUCGGCCACGACGUCAACGAUCUUCCCCUCGACACCUACUGCCGCCAGCUCGCCGUCGAGCUUGACAUCAUCACCGCCAUGCCCCCGCCCAAGCUAGACGAGUUCGGCACGCGCGAGGACAACUUCGUGCUGUACCCUCUCAGCACAUCCGGAUACCCCGAGUGGAAGGACCGCUCGGUCGAAGAGAUUCGCGCCGCUCUGAGGGCAAAGGUAGUGGCCAACUACCCGUCCGCAGGGAUGUCGGACGCCUCGACAGUGAUAGGGAGUGUGCGAAGCAAGCAGUCUGUUUGA